GGACAGGAAGAGGAGGAUGAUUGACAGAGAGCAAACCUGAAACGGCUGUCCAUCAAAAGUAUCGGCCUCUUAGAAGACGGCUGCUAUCAGACAUCUCCCUCUAUCUCUCUCUCUCUGUUUAUCGCCCUUCGGUUCUCCCAGAGGAUCCGCAUAAAGAGCAGAAGAAGCUGGCAUGAUCCCUCACCUUCGGCACGCUCUGCUCGCGGAUACUUGGAUUAUUUGGUAAACUCGGCCCCCUGAAAAACCCUUCCACGCUCUUUUUCUCUCUGUAUCAGUAUUUGCUCGAACUGUCCAUCCACACUCAGGCAGCCAUGCGCAUGUGGUUGAUGGUGACCCUCCAGGCGGCCUGGCCGUGUUUAUUCGGACUGGCCAUGCAGCACUACCCGACCACGUGGGGCCACUACGACAUGUGCAAGUCGCAGGUUUACACGGACGAUGGACUCACCUGGGAUUACAUGGCCUGCCAGCCCGAGGCCGCCGACAUGACCCAGUACCUAAAGGUGACCCUCGACCCUCCAGACAUCACCUGCGGAGACCCGCCCGAGACCUACUGCGCCCUGGAAAACCCAUACAUGUGCAACAAUGAGUGUGAUGCAACCACAGAGGAACUCGCCCACCCUCCAGAACUCAUGUUUGACUUCGAGGGUCGCAACCCCUCCACCUUCUGGCAGUCCAGUUCUUGGAGGAAAUACCCUAAACCUUUGGCAGUGAACAUCACACUAUCCUGGAACAAGACCAUUGAGCUGACAGAUGACAUCGUCAUCACGUUCGAGUCAGGCCGUCCUGAGCAGAUGGUGCUUGAGAAGUCACUGGAUUAUGGGAAGACAUGGCAGCCAUACCAGUUCUAUGCCACUGACUGCUUGGACGCCUUCACAAUGGAGCCAAAGACGGUGCAGGACCUGACCCAGUUUACGCUACUGGACAUCAUCUGUACAGAGGACUAUUCACGUGGUUAUGUCUGGAAGUAUGACAAGACCGUGCGCUUUGAAAUCAAAGACCGCUUUGCCCUGUUUGCUGGACCACGUCUCCACAACAUGGCAUCAUUAUAUGGUCAACUGGACACCACGAAGAACCUUCGAGACUUCUUUACCCUCACAGACCUGCGCAUCCGGCUCCUUCGACCUGCUACUGGGGCAACAAUGGUGGAUGAGGGCAACCUUUCCAGAUAUUUCUAUGCUAUCUCUGACAUCAAGGUCCAUGGCAGGUGUAAGUGUAACCUGCAUGCGAACAGCUGUGUGUUUGAUAAGGAGAAGCUGAGCUGUGAGUGUGAGCACAACACCACGGGGCCCGACUGCGGACGCUGCAAGAGGAACUACCAGGGACGAGCCUGGAGCCCCGGGAGCUACCUGCCUAUACCUAAAGGCACGGCUAAUAUCUGUGUGCCGAAUAACGUGGGUCCAGUGAUCCGGCAGAAUGUUUCAUCUCUAGGUGUUGCUAACCGAAAUCAAGUAGCUCCUCAGGUUGAUUUGCCCACCGUGUCCUCCGUUCAGAGAGCAUCAUCAUCAUCAGCAUCAUCAUCAUCAGCAUCAUCAUCAUCAUCAUCUGACUGCGAGUGUUUCGGCCACUCGAACCGCUGCAGCCACAUCGAGCUGUUAAACAUGGUGAUUUGCGUGAGCUGUAGGCACAACACUAGGGGGCAGCACUGUCAGCUCUGCAAGGUGGGCUUCUACCGCAAUGCUUCGGCCGAGCUCAACGAUGAGAAUGUGUGUAUAGACUGUAAUUGUAAUCCGUUGGGCUCAGAGACUGACCGGUGUAAUGGCACAGGGUUCUGUAAGUGUAAGAGCGGAGCGACAGGCAGUAAGUGUCACCAGUGUCUUCCUGGAUAUUUAUGGGACAAUGGCUGCAAAUCUCGAGUGUGUGACGACGAGCUGCUCCGCUGCCAGAACGGUGGCGUGUGUGUGAAUAACAUCAGGUGUCAGUGUGCUCCAGGAUACUCGGGCUUGCUGUGUGAGAAGGUUCGCUGUGACGGUGAAGCCGGGUGCCGCGUGUCUGAUUCGGAUCAGACCUUCACCCCGUCCGGCGCCAUCAUCCUGCUGCUGCUGACGCUGCUGCGUUCCACCUGGGCUUUAACCCUCUGAGAAACACACACACCCACACACACACACACACACACACACACACACACACACACACACACA